UGAUUCAGUUCUUUGUCAAAUUAUCAGUUUGGCGAGUAGUUCUACUGGGCUUUCAACACUUUGUGGAAUAUUGUUUGAUUGAAUAGGGAUCGAUGAAGGGUUUACUUGCUGUAAUUACAGGCAUCGUGCUUGCAUCAUGCUUGAUACAAAAAGGAAGUUGUGAUGUCAGGGCUUGCUGCAUUUAUCCUGGUUUCAAACCAGACCCGGAGAGUUGUUGCAGAUAUAAAAUUUGCGAUAACUGUGUCGAGAAAACUUUCUCCUGUCCAAAUGGACUUCAUUGGAAUGACAGAACGAAGGCCUGCGAUUGGCCUGAAAAUGCAAACUGUGGCGGGGCUGUAGUUACCCCUCCCCCCUUCACAACAACAUUAUCGACAACCGAACCAUCAACCACAACAGCAUCAACAACAGAAUCAUCAACAGCAGAACCAUCGACAACAACACCACCGAUAACAGAACCAUCAACUACAACGCAAUCAACAACAGAACCAUCAACCACAACACCAUCAACAACAGAACCAUCAACCACAACACCAUCAACAACAGAACCAUCAACCACAACACCACCAACGGAACCAUCAACCACAACACCAUCAACACCGGAACCAUCAACAACAACACUAUCAACAACAGAACCAUCAACCACAACACCAUCAACACCGGAACCAUCAACAACAACACUAUCAACAACAGAACCAUCAACCACAACACCACCAACGGAACCAUCAACCACAACACCAUCAACACCUGAACCAUCAACAACAACACUAUCAACACCUGAACCAUCAACAACAACACCAUCAACACCGGAACCAUCAACUACAACAUCACCAACGGAACCAUCAACCACAACAUCACCAACGGAACCAUCAACCACAACACCAUCAACAACGGAACCAUCACCAACAACACCGUCAACAACAGAACCAUCAACUACAACAUCACCAACGGAACCAUCAACCACAACAUCACCAACGGAACCAUCAACCACGACACCAUCAACGGAACCAUCAAUAACAUCAACAACCGAGUCCGGAAAUUGCUGUCCGGGACCUUGUUGUGAAUGUGAUGAAGGACAAUAUACAAGCGGCUCCGAAUGUUGCAAAUUUAAGGUAUGUGUUGCUGGAAAGUACGUUGAAAUGAAGUGUCCUGGAGGACUCCAUUGGAAUGACAAAACUAAGGCUUGUGAUUGGCCAAGCAGUGCAUGUUGUGGAGAAGAGGAUUGCGUUGCUACAAAUGCAACACAAUCAGAGACAGAUUCUACAAUACAACCAAUGACCCAUUCAACUGCAUCAUCAAUAAAAGAACCAUCAACAGCAGAUUCAGCGGCAGGAUCAACAGCAGAUUCAGCGGCAGGAUCAACACCAGAUUCAGCGUCAGGAUCAACAGCAGAUUCAGCGGCAGCAUCAACAGCAGAUUCAGCGGCAGCAUCAACAGCAGAUUCAGCGGCAGGAUCAACAGCAGAUUCAGCGGCAGCAUCAACACCAGAUUCAGCGACAGGAUCAACACAAAAUUCAGCGGCAGCAUCCACACCAGAUUCAGCGGCAGGAUCAACAGCAGAAUCAGGAAUAGAUUCAACAGGCGAAGCAACAGCAAAAUCAACAACAGGAUCGGGGGCAGAAUCAUCAAAGGAGCCAACACAACCAUCAACAAAAGUAGAACCCACAACAGGAUCAGCAACCCCAUCAACAACGGAAUCAAUAAUCGAGCUCUCAACACCUCAAAAAGUACCAACAAACAAACCAGGAAUCUGCAAUUCCGGAAGCAAUUGCGAGUGUGAUCAAGGUCAAUAUACAAAUGGCACUGAAUGCUGCAAAUAUAAGGUCUGCGUCGCAGGAAAGUAUGUUGAAAGAAAAUGUCCCGAAGGACUCCAUUGGAAUAAUAAAGUAAAAGCCUGCGUCUGGCCGCAGGUUGCAUUCUGUGAUGAAGAAGGCGGUCUUCAGCCAACUACGGAAUCAUCACUGCUAGCGCUAGCGUCAAUUUUAGGAAUAACUCCAAAGAUAAAACCCAAAAGUUGCUCUCCAGGUCAACUUACAUCCGGUACUGAGUGUAGCCAGUACAAGGUCUGCAUAAGUGGAAGGUAUGUUGAAAGAAAGUGUUCCCAAGGACUUCACUGGAAUGACAAAGCGAAAGUUUGCGAUUGGCCUUGGACUGCAGGAUGUAUGAGUGAAACAUGGGAUUUGAGCAAGUGAAGAGUGACGUUAUUAUUAUCCAUCAGAAGAAUUUAGUUUGGGCCAUGAUCUACUAUUAUAUCUAAAGUUAUAAAAGUAGAUGUUAACUUAUUGCAAAUAUACUAAUGAGCCUCAGCAU